AUGAAGGAAGAGAAGGAGUACAGGCCAAAGGAGAAGCGAGUAACCCUGCUGACGCCCCCGGGGGCCACAGGCAGCUGCGGUGGAGCUUCAGGGGACAGCGCCAAGGGGGAAGACAAGGUAGAUCGCAAUAAAGAGAAGAAAGAGGCAUUGAGCAAGGUGGUGAUUCGGGGAUUACCUCCCACUUUGACCAAGGAGCAGCUUCAGGAACAUCUUCAGCCUAUGCCAGAGCAUGAUUAUUUUGAGUUUUUUUCUAAUGAUACUAGUCUGUAUCCUCAUAUGUAUGCCAGAGCAUACAUCAACUUUAAAAACCAAGAGGACAUUAUUUUGUUCAGGGAUCUCUUUGAUGGAUACAUAUUCCUUGACAAUAAAGGUCAAGAAUAUCCUGUGAUAGUAGAAUUUGCCCCUUUUCAAAAAGCUGCAAAAAAGAAGACUAAGAAAAGAGAUAUCAAAGUUGGGACUAUUGAUGAUGAUCCAGAGUAUAGAAAGUUUUUGGAAAGUUAUGCUGCAGAUAAUGAGAAAAUGACAUCUACUCCAGAGACACUGCUAGAGGAAAUAGAAGCAAAAAAUAGAGAAUUAAUAGCUAAAAAGACAACCCCACUUUUGAGCUUCCUGAAGAACAAGCAGAGAAUGAGAGAAGAAAAGAGAGAAGAAAGAAGGAGGCGAGAACUAGAAAGGAAAAGACAAAGAGAAGAAGAGAGGAGAAAAUGGAAAGAAGAGGAGAAACAAAAAAGAAAAGAUAUAGAAAAACUAAAGAAGAUAGACAGAGUUCCAGAAAGGGACAAAUUAAAAGAUGAACCAAAGAUUAAGGUACACAGGUUUCUGUUACAAGCUGUGACUCAGAAAAAUCUGCUCAAGAAGCCAGAGAAAGGAGAUGAAAAAGAAUUGGACAAAAGAGAAAAAGCCAAGAAACUGGAAAAGGAGAAUCUGAAUGAUGAAAGAGCCAGUGGGCAAAGCUGUACAUUGGUCAAACGUUCUGAUGGUGAACUUAAAGAUGAAAAGCCAAAGAGACCUGAAGAUGAGAGUGGCAGAGACUACAGGGAGAGGGAAAGGAAUUAUGAACGAGAUCAAGAGCGCAUACUUCGGGAGAGGGAGAAACUGAAACGACAAGAAGAGUGCUGGAGGCAGAAGGAGCGCUAUGAGAAAGAGAAGGCUUUUAAAAGAAAAGAAGAAGAAAUGAAAAAAGAAAAAGAAGCACUUAGGGAUAAAGGAAAGAAUAAUGAAAGUACAGAAUCGAUAGGCAACUCAGAAAAAAUUGAAAAGAAAGAGGAAGUGGUUAAGAGAGGCAUAAGAAACAAGGAUCAUCCAGCAAUGCAACUUUACCAACCAGGAGCUCGAAGCCGAAAUUGA